ACGAUCAAAUGUUUUUUGAGAAUGUUGAACGCAGGGAUAGGAGAAGGGCAAUCCACCGUAAUGCCGCCAUUUUUUGAUGGAACAAAUUACUCCUAUUGGAAGGAGCGUAUGAGAAUUUUUGUUCAAUCUAAUAACUUCAAAAUUUGGCUUGCUAUCAAGAAUGGAUAUAGCUUGCCAAUGAAGAAGAUAGGCGAUACACUCAUCCCGAAGGACGAGGAUGAAUAUGAUGAAGCCGAUCUAAAGAAGGCUCAAUUAAAUGCCACCGCCAUAAACUUCUUGUAUUGUGCUGUCAACGCCAACGAUUAUCAAAAGAUAUCUCGUUGCCAAACCGCCAAUCAAAUGAGGAACAAGCUCAUGAUCACAUACGAAGGUACACCUCAAGUUCGUGAAUCAAAAAUUGAUUUACUAACCCAUGAAUAUGAGUUAUUUGCUAUGAAAGAGAACGAACUUGUGGAGGACAUGUUUGGAAGAUUUUCAAACAUCAUCAACGACCUUGAUAUGCUUGGAAAGACACUCACCGACAAAGAGUUAGUGAGAAAAAUUCUGCGAAGUCUUACCAAGGAAUGGGAGUCGAAGGUUAACUCCAUUUAUGAAGGCCGAGAUUACAACGUCAUCACAUACGACGGUCUUCGAGAGAUUGGUGAUUCGGAUUCGGAUAGUGAUAGUGAUAAUGAUUCUAGCACUUCCUGUGAUAUUUUGGUUGAAUGUUUUAACGAGUUUCUGAAACAUGAGCUAAACAAGAGCAAGAAGAAAAACACCCUAAAAUGUCACAAGUGCGGAAAACUUGGCCAUCGAAAAUUUGAGUGCCCGAAGCUCAAGAAGAUGAGCAAACAAGAUGAAUUCGCAUACUUUUCGUGGAAGUAUGAUGAACCUUCCAAAGACGAUUGCCUCAUCGCUCUUGAAGAACAAGAUGGGUGGUCGGGUUAUGAUGAUUGGAAGAUCAUAAUGGAAGCACAUCUCUACGCUCUACACGAUUGCAUGUGGAUGGUGCUGGAAGAUGGACCCCUGAAGAUUCAAAUGGAGAAUCGAGAGAGGGAUCCAAAGAAUCCAGACGUAGUCCAGUACAUUCCAAAGCCCAAAGAGAAAUGGGAUGAUAGAGAUUGCAAAAAGCACAAUAUGGACAACGUCGCCAAAGGAGCCAUCUUCAAGACACUGGAUCCCAUCACCUUUUCCAAGAUCAAGCAUCUCAAGACUGCCAUGGAAAUAUGGCAAGGUCUUAGGAAGCUGUGUGAGGGAUCCGAAGAUCUGAGAAAGCAGAAGAUAGAGGUUCUGCUUGAGAAGUUCAAAAGCUUCAAAAUGCUUCCCGAAGAAUCAUUUGACUUGCUGGAUGAAAGAUUCCACAAGAUUCUAAAUGAUCUUGCAUCACUUAACCACGUUCUUUCUCCCAAAGAAAAGAAUGUAAGGUUACUGAGGUCUCUUCCGGCUGAGUGGUACACCAAAGCCACAGCCAUGGAAGAAGGAAGAAAUUUGGAGAACUACACUGUACAAGCUGAGAAUGAAUCUCUCUCUGAAAAGGUUAGAUCUCUCAACAAGGAUCUAGGGAUACGAAAGUCCAAAGAAGCUGUGGAUAAGCUUCUUGAAACGACCAAAAAGAAGGGUCGUGAAGGACUUGGGUUUGACCCCUCCAGUUCCAAAAGGAAAGGGAGAACAACAUUUAUUCCUCCCAAACCUACUGCCAAACCCAAUAAGCAGAAAGGUAAGGAGAAGGAGAAACCUACAGAAGUUCCCAAAAAGGCUGUAUCUUAUGUGGAAGGUCUCAACUAUAACCUUCUAAGCAUAAGUCAAAUCUGUGAUAAAGGUUAUUCUCUGGAAUUCUGCAAGGACAUGGCAUCCCUCAAGAACAUCUCCACAAAUGAAGUCAUUCUCACUGGCAAGAGAAUAAGGAACAUCUACGAAGUGAUGUGGGAUGAUGUCAAGGAAGCAUGCCUAAUCAGCAAAGUUGACAAAUCAUCAAAGCCUGAUCAUGAGGUUCCGGAUCUCUCAGACAAAGAUGAAGAAGUCAAUGAAGGAGAUAGAAUGAAGCCAACGGAGGUCAUUCCAUUCGGAAGUCUACCAUUGAAGACUUCACGGAGAAAUCCGGAUUCAGAUAGCGCUGAGCCUACCGGAAAUCAUGGCCAGCCUUCCGAAAUCCUGGAUCUCUCACAUGGCGACAAUUCCGGAAAUGGUGAUCAGGUGCCAACCAAUCUGGAAACACCAACAAACUCCAUUCUUCAACCAGAAGCAGAACUAGAUCAGCCAGUCAACCCUAAUCAACACAAUCUUCGUUGGUUGAAGGCGCAAAUAUUCACUUUUAAAAAAAUGGAAGCGAAAUGCUCCUCGCCAGCAUUCUACGAGGCAUAUUUGGAAAUGAUUGAUGCACAAGAACUCUCUGAAUUCCUUCAUAUGGAAAUUCGCCUCAAGUAUGAAGAAGAAGUUCUUGAAUUCUACAGGAAUGGAAGAGUCACAACCAUUCAAUCCAAGAAGAAUCCACAGAGAUCAAUUCAAGUCAUUAAAUCAACUGUUGGAGGCACCGCAGUGAAGAUCUCACAGAAGAAGAUGAAGAAGAAGCUCCAUCUUGCCAACUCUGGAAUUGACAUUGGGAAGCUCUCGUCCAAAAACCUGGACUGGAACACAAUUGGGAUUUCUGGACAAAUCCCCUAUUGCCCAGCAAAAAAGACCGAUCUGGAGAAUGACUACAAAUUAGUCUUGGAGGUGGUCAUUGCGUGCAAGAAGUAUGAUGCCAGAUAUUGGCUGUACUAUCUAUCAUCCAAGGGAGAAAACAAAGCCAGUUCUAUUGCAGAAGAUGAAGGAUCUUCAGAUGAUGUUCUGAUUGUAAGUCAGAAAAAGUCCUCAAAAAGGAAGCAAGUGGCAUCUACCUCCCACAGUGCGGAGGAACCACACACUCUGGCAGUAGUCAAUCUAGAUGAAGAAGAAGAAGUUUCUACUCUAGGAGAACUUCAGAAGAAGAAGAAGAGGAGAAUUUCCUCUCCCUCCACAUCUGGAAAUUCCAAUCUGGAGAACUCAGUGCAGAACCAACCACAAGACAGUCCUCAAGAUCUUAAUGAGGAAUUCUAUCAAGACCAGAAUCUUCCAUCUCCUCCAUCACAAGCUCUUGCUGAUGAAGUAGACAAAUUCAUGCAGCUCUACUAUGUUUCGAGAGCUUGGAAGGUUGGAAACUCUACAGAUCAGUUGCUUGAAUGGGAUCAACAACUGAAGAAUGAUAAGAUUAUCAAGAAAUGUCUGGGACUGCCAAUUAACUGCCAUUGCGAGCAGAUUUUGGAUGAGCAAUGGGACUGGAAGAAAACAAAUGAAGACGUGCUGUUGGAACACUUGUCCACCUCUUCAGCCCCAGAAUUUGAGGUAGAUUAUGACUAUGUAGCAGUCUACACACCCAUGUUCGUGAAUUCAGCUGGCAAUCAGACUGCAGACCAGGCUAAGAACAUCACUAUUGAAGCACAUGCAGACUUGGAGGCUGAAGCAGAGGAUUUCACGGUCCAUGAGAUCAUCACAACCACUUGUGAGAUCUCCAACCAGACUGAACCUGAAAUUCUAGAGAAGUCAUCAGCAAAUCUGGAGAAGUUCACUCCUCUAGAAACAACAGUAGAGGAAGCUAAUGAGGAACCAGCUGUUGAAGCACAGAGAAGCCGCAGAAGCUCUUCCACAUCUACCUUUCCGGAUGAGAUGCCGGAAUCCUGGACUAGGAAGGUCCAAGGGCUGAUUGAGUCAGCCCUGGAGUCACAGAAAGCCUUAAUCAGGCAAGACCUAGAGAAGCCUAUGCCUUUGACUGCCAUCUUCAACUCAAAGAAGCUAUGGAGAUCAAGCAGCAGAUUGCCACCGUCACAACCAGUCUUCAGAAGCAAAUGUCAUUUCUCUAGAUGGACAUCACAUCAGCCCUGGCAGUGUCCUCAGCAAAAUAUAGUGGUCAGCCAAGAUUACCUGAAGGUUCUUGCUGAUAAUCAGAAGGAAGCAUUCAAGAUUUUCAAGCACUUUGAAACCCUCACUGCGCAACGCAAGCUGCAGGUGAUUGUCCAACACAAAAGUUUACCUCCAAUUCCAAGACAUCCGAUUCAAGCAAAAGAAGGAGAGCUCGAGUACAUUGCAACUCAUUUGAACAUGACUGAACUGAUAUUGGAAGCCCGACAGAGCAACCCUGAAAACUCGGUUCAACAUCUAUCAAACAAUGAGUUUGAUGGAACAGAAGCCUUAGGAACCAUUGCCUCACUCUUCACAAAUGAGGCUCGGCAAAAGGAAAGAUAUGACAAUCUGAAGCGUAUUAAGGCUGAGUGUGGAGUGAUGCAAGGAAUUGGUGAGGCUGCCGAAUCUUCCCAGCGCAAGAGGAAUUGAAGGCUCUUUUCAUGAAAACAGGGGGAAGUCUUGAACACAUUAUUUAUGUUUUGAUGAAAACACCUUCUUGUUUAAACAUUUUUGAUACAUCUCUUAAUUAUGUUUGAACAUAUCUCCUUUAAGUAUAAUUUUUGAGAUUCACUAUGCGUGCAUACACUCAGGGGGGAAUGUAAUUCAGGGGGAACUUAACUGUUUUUGGCUAAUUAUUGUUUUUGGUAAUGAACUACUGAUGAACUC